AUGAACCUAGAUGCAGCAAAAAUCUCUCAUCUAAAUUUAGAAGAAGCCAAAAUUGAGUUAUCCAACUUUAUCGACACACAAAUAAAUUGAACUUCCUUUGAAAUAACUCUUAAUGAAGCAGACCAUCAGAAAUUUGCAAACCCUGCUCUCAAAGCUAUAGAAACUUUGUAUUCUAUAAAAUCAAAAUGCAGUGAUUAUUACAAUAAAGAAGCAGAAAAAAUUGAAAUGAAUAAAAAACAUGCGGAAAAUCUAUUUUCUAAACUUAUAGAUCAGCUGAAAUAUUUAAUUGAAAAAGUCAAUUCUACAAAAAAAAUCUCUCUAGAAGAAGCAAGAAGGCCACUUGAUUGUAUUCUUGCUUCUAUAAGCAGGACAUCAUUAAAUUUUUUGCAAGAAUUUGAAACUCUAUAUUUAGAUUUUUCGAAUAAUUUUUCAGAAAUAAAUAAUUUGAUACAAAAUUUUGAUUAUUUUGAAGAUAUUGGCUAUAAGAUUGAAAAACUUUAUUUGCCCAAUGAAUUUCCAUUUGAAGGAUAUACGUGUUAUAAUUUUUCUAAUGGAGAUUGGUAUAUAGGGCAGUGAGGAAACCAUAAAUUUAACGGCAAAGGUGCUUAUUAUCAUAUUGAAACUGAUACUUAUUAUGAAGGUGAAUUUGAAAAUAAUUGUUUAAUAAAAGGGAGAAAUAGAGAUUCUAGGGGCAAUGCUUAUUUAGGAUCUUUUAAAAAUAACUGUAAAAAUGGCCAAGGCAUACAAGUUUAUGCAAAUGGCAACAUAUAUGAAGGAAGCUGAGUUGAUAAUUACCCAAAUGGGGAAGGAACGCUACACUAUUCUCUUGGAGGCUCUAGCUCAGGAACUUUUGAUAAUGGAAAACUGAAUGGUAAAGGACAAGAAGUAUAUACAAAUGGUGAUACUUAUGAAGGAGAUUUUGUCGAUGGUUUAAAGCAUGGGCAUGGGAUUUAUAAGUAUUCUUGUGGAGAUUAUUAUGAAGGCCACUGGCAAUAUGAUCUAAAAAAUGGCAAAGGAAAAUUAGUUUAUCAUAAGAAAGGAUGCUACGAAGGAGAUUUUCAAGACGACAAAAAGCAUGGAUUCGGCAAAGAAAUUUCCUUCAAAACCAAAGAAGUCUAUAUCGGCUUCUUCAGAAACGACACCAAAUCUGGGUUUGGAAAACUAUCACAAUAA